UCUGAGCUGAUGGCAGAUCUGUGCGGUGGAUAAGCAUCGCGCCAGCGGGUUUUGCAAAGUCUCCUCUUUUUCUGCGGGAAUGAGAGCGGAAAGGAGCGCUGGAGGGAAAAAGUUCAGUUUGAGCAGAACUCUUAUGAGGGAGCAGCCUAAAAUGUGGAUGAACUGACAUUUCCUCCUCCACCAGGGCUGAUUACUCAACUUCAACACCGAGCAAAGCGUCGCUCCCCUUGGAAAAAAUGGCCGUCCGUGGUAACUCGCUGAUGCCUUUUUCCAUCCAGGCCAUCCUGAACAAAAAGGACAGCAGCAGACACUUACCAGAGCUGGACGUAUGUUUCUCCAAAGCGGCGUGUUGGAAAAUAUUCGGAGAGAUGAACGACGAGUCCGGGAGGACCGAGGAGGCGUCCUGUGUGCGUACAGAGCAGAAAAGCUACGACUCGGACUCCGGACUCAGCGACGACAACGACGGAAAAACUCCGGCCAUGCGCAAGACUGAGAGGAACGGCGAGCCGGGGUCAGAUGUGCCGGAGGAGAGCCUGCAGGAGGAGACGGACCAUGAAUCUGCGGCUGCGGAGAAUGCAAAGAGUGACAGUGAGCCCAACAAUACUACGGACUCCAGCAACCCAGACGAGAAGAGCGUGGAGCAGCCCAAGCAGCGGAAGAAGCGCUCCAGAGCCGCCUUUUCCCACGCACAGGUCUUCGAGCUGGAGCGCCGCUUCAACCACCAGCGGUACCUCUCCGGGCCCGAGCGGGCGGACCUGGCGGCCUCCCUGAAACUAACAGAGACACAGGUCAAGAUCUGGUUCCAGAACCGCCGCUACAAGACGAAACGCCGGCAGAUGGCCGCAGACUUGAUGGCAUCCACCCCGGCGGCCAAAAAGGUAGCAGUGAAGGUUCUAGUGCGGGACGACCAGAGACAGUACGGCCCCGGGGAGAUCCUGCGACCCCCGCUGCUCUCCCUGCAGCCUUCCUACUAUUACCCGUACGCAUACUGCCUCCCUGCGUGGACACUGUCUACGUGUGCGGGGAAUCAGUGAGAACCCUGAGACUUUUAUUUAUUAUUCAUUUGUUUGCUUCUCUUCCCGGGAACCAACAUAACAUUACGGUUUUUUUUUCUGACAAGAAGAAGAGCCCUGAGGGGAAAGUUAAUCAGCUCUGCGUCCCUGAUUUGUCAUCGGAUUGUUCCUAGACUUUUUUACACUCUCAAAUACUUUAAAUAAUAUUUUAGUAAGAGUCUGUGUCUGAUUUGCAGAUGUCCUCAAAAACUAUCUGGAAUGAUAUGAAAAACUGAUUUGUGUCAUUUUAUCUCGAUGCUGGGACCCCCUCAAGAACCCUAUAGACUAAAAAUGACACCUCAUAUAAUUUUACAAGCGCCUUCCUACCUCUGCAGUGAUUGGAAAUAGAUAUAUUCCGUUGACAUUUUUUUUAAAACAAACAACUCUCUGUUAGAAAUUGUGUUUUUUUUUAUUAAUUUUUUGCUGUGUUUGUAAAGGUAAGAUAUUUAAGCACUUUUGAGCAUAUAUGUCAUUUUUCUUCGUGCAAAAUGCAUGCAGCGCGCAUGCUCGGGUUCGGACUUAAAAGAAGGGCUUGUUGGGCCUGAGAGUGGCACGAAGCGACUUCUGACUGAAAUUUGCAUGUUUUUGUGUUGAAUGGUUGCUUAGAUCGAAUAACAUUAAAACAUAUCAGGCAUUAAUUAAUGGAUCUCAAUUAUUGGAUUAAUUUGCAACUUGGCCAGGUAAAAUGUACGCAUGAUCAGUAAUAGUAAUUACUAGUUCUCUAGAUUGUAUUCUUUAGUUUAUGAUAUACCCACCUGCAGUGACCAGGGCGAUGAACUGAUUUGGUUAAAUCAUUUCCAUGCCUUGAACUGGUUUUUCUAUGUUUCCUCCUUGGAAAACUCCCGGGGUUUGAUAUAUAUAAAAAAACAAAAACAAUGAUUUACCUAGCAAAUAAAGUGUAAUUUAUUUCACCCUCUCGUCUCUUUCUAACAUAAUCCCUCAGAGAUUUUAUUUCACCUGAGCCAUGGUGGCUUUCCUCCUGUCACUCCAUGAUGAAUUGCUCUGUAAUUCCUGCACAGGCCGAACUGACAGCUACCUUUACGGCUCUAUGUCAUCACAAAUAGAGGAGUAUUCCGGGGUUAAGGAGGCCCAUGUCACUUCACCUACAUUUGAACAAAGAAUAGGUUUCUCGUUUUGCCCUUUGAGUGUUUUUUCCCUCCUUCAUGCUAAAGAAACGCUUAAACGCCUCUUUCUUCGCGAACUGAGGUCUUUAUAUUGGAACUGAAAUAUUGCAGGAGUCGCGUAGACUUGUUGUUCCGAGUAUAUUUACAGCCUGGGUGUUAAGUUGAGGUCAGAAGGGAGCUGCCGUGCAAUACUCCCUCAUCUUUGACCUUGUAAAGGCUUAUUCAAUCCCUUACUGACACUACUUGAAAGCACUGGACUGCAGAUCAGUCAAAACGUACUGAAUCACUUAAUAUUGUCUGCUUCAGAUGCCUGUGUAUCAACUGUUUCUCUUCAUUUUUGUUGCGCAACAGUUUUACGCACCGCUGAUCUGUUUGAUGCAGGCAUGCGAUCCAGAGCAGCCAACGCAUUCUUGGUUGCUUCAGAUUUCGAAAUGAAACACAGUGAUGAUAGUGACGAAUGGACCGUCCCAUAUACUUUACAUGUAUAUGUACCUGCAUAUGUAUAUAUCUGAUACAGAGGGACAUACAGGAGCAGGUAUUCCUUUCAGCCUUGUAUUUAGGAGGGAAACACCCGUAUUGGCGUCCAUUAACAUCCUGUCUCCCCAUUAUUUCUGUAUUGCGUAAACGCUACUGGCACAAUAAUAGCCCAAUUUGAGCGAUAAAUGAGUAAAUACUCUUUGCAAGUAAAAUGAAUUUAUUUCUAUAAUCCAAAAAAAAAAAAAAAAGUUUGCAAGAAAAUUAUUCACGGACUUUAAUUCCUGCUCAAAAUAUUUGGGAUUUUUGAUUAUUUUUUUCUUGUUUCGCUGCGAUACGUAUUUGUAAAAGGAGAAGAAGAAGAAGAUGAAAAAAAUUUACACCCCUGGGAUCAGCUCUGGUUUGGUUUAUGUAUUUAUCUUAAUUGCCCCUCUGUAUAUAUAAAAAUAUCUGACUAAUUGCUAUUUAACAAUAAAUUUCAUUUAAAUACUCAAUGUUGAGUUUAACGUGCGUAAUUUGGCGCAUCAUGAGUCUGGGGUCACGUAAUCAAAAUUGUUGCUCCAUAUAAAUUAUGAACGAGGUAAUUAAAUCAAAUAAAUAUUUUA